AUGGAGAGAGAUCUGGGUUCUGAUGCCAAUCCCCCUCCCGCCUCAAUCGACAAAUCUAGGGUUUUAGAAGUGAAGCCGCUAAAAACCCUAGUCCCCGUUUUCCCCAAUUCUUCAGGCCUCUCCUCAAUCACAACCCCUCAGCCCUCACCUUUCGUCUGCAUCCCACCUUCAGGCCCGUUUCCCUCUGGUGUCCAGCCGUUUUACCCUUUCCUUUCCCCAAACAAUCCCAAUUCCCACCCCACUAUCCCGGGCCCUCAUCCCAGCCCAGCCCAGCCCAAUUUCACCUUCACCCCUGGUAACAUCCCAGCCCCAAUCCCCCUCAACUCUUACCGAACCCCUACUCCCCAAGCAAACGGGUCGACCCGGCCCAAGAGAUCCUCCACGACCCGCGGGUCGGACCCCAUUGACGACGAUGAGUACAGUGACUCUCAAAACCCGAGCAACCCGUACGCGAGUGGGUUUAACUUUAACGCAGAGGACACCGGCAACACCACCAGAAAACGGGCGGGCCGGCCCAAAAUGAAACGGGCCGGAAAUGGGUCGGAAUUCGAUAUCGAGUCACUGGUCAACCAUUUCUUGGCAUCGUUCAAGCUCACGGGAUUCGACGAUUUUCGGAGGUCAAACGGGGAUAAAGACACUGUGUCCACCGUACUUGCGGUCUACGAUCUUAUCCGUAAAAAGCUGACUCAGCUCGAGGAGUCUAAAGAUAUGGGCCGGGGGAUCGCCAGGCGGCCCGAUUUGAAGGCCGCUAAUCUCAUGAUGAGCAAAGGGAUUCGCACUAACAGCUCGAAAAGGAUUGGCCAUGUGCCGGGAAUUGAAGUUGGUGAUAUCUUCUUCUUUCGCAUGGAGCUUUGCGUUGUGGGCUUGCAUGCUCCAAGCAUGGCCGGAAUAGAUUACAUGAGUGUUAAAAUCACGGCAGACGAAGAGCCUGUGGCUGUCAGCAUAGUCUCGUCCGGAGGGUAUGACGAUAUUGGGGAUGAUUGUGAUGUCUUGAUUUACAGCGGUCAAGGUGGGGUCCAGAGACAGGACAGGCAGCUUUGUGACCAGAAGCUCGAAAGGGGGAAUCUUGCUUUGGAAAAGAGCUUGCAUCGAGCUAACGAUGUACGGGUCGUUAGGGGUAUAAAAGAUCCUGCUUGCGUGGGGGGGAAAAUUUACGUCUAUGAUGGAGUUUACAGAAUUCAAGAGUCGUGGGUUGAGAAGAAUAAGGGCUGUAAUGUGUUCAAGUAUAAGCUCGUUCGUGUGCCCGGCCAGCCUAACGGGUUCUCGUUUUGGAAGGCGAUCCAGCAGUGGAAAGACCAAAUUGCCCCUCGGCCAGGCCUUAUUCUUCCCGAUUUGACUUCAGGUGCUGAGAGCCUCCCUGUUGCUCUUGUAAACGACGUGGAUGGCGAGAAGGGACCCGCGCAUUUCACGUACAUUCCAAACCUAAGAUACUCGAGACCUUUCUCGAUGUCAAAAGCUUCGUUGGGCUGUCACUGUUUAGGAGGAUGCCAGCCGGACGAUACAAACUGCCCUUGUCGGCAAAAGAACGAAGGCUUCAUUCCUUACUCGUCUAUAGGAGUUCUUUUGACGAGCAAAUCACCGAUAUACGAGUGUGGGCCCACAUGCGCUUGCCCUCCCAACUGCCGUAACCGAACUUCUCAAGCUGGGGUGAAGGCCCGUUUGGAGGUCUUCAAGACGAAAAACCAAGGGUGGGGGCUCAGGUCGUGGGACCCAAUUCGCGCGGGUAGUUUUAUUUGCGAGUACGGAGGGGAUGUUAUCGAGGGGUUCGAAGGUGGGGGCGAUUUGGGAAAUGAAAAUGACGAUAAUUAUGUGUUUGACGCGACUCGCGAGUAUGUGCCCGUUCACGACUCGCCUAUUUUGAGGAAGACUCAGUUUCCACUUGCUAUUAGUGCCAAGAAUAAUGGGAAUGUGGCUCGUUUUAUGAACCAUAGCUGCUCGCCGAACGUGUUUUGGCAGCCUGUUUUGCGGGAGAGUGGUGAUAAUGGAGUUUUUGUGCACGUGGCUUUCUUUGCUGCUCGGCAUAUCCCGCCUAUGCAGGAGUUGACUUAUGACUAUGGGAAAGGUUCGAGUGGGAAUUCGGAGAGAGGAAAGAAGAAGAAGUGCUUCUGUGGGUCUGUGAAGUGCAAUGGUACAUCUGCAGCCGUUCGUUUCAGUUUGAUGGAAGUUGAUCUUAGGGUGGAGUUUGCUUUGAAGUGUGUAGUAAUAGAAGUUGCAGGACAGUUUAGCAAGUGGACUUGAAUCUUGUGUAGUUUGUAAUUUGUGUAGUUGUCAUUUGUUGAUGUAUGAUUAUGUUAGAAUUGGUGUUUUGGAUCUUUUGUAUUUUGGCUUUUCCCCUACUGCCUCAACUUAUCAUGAUUGGUUAAGUUAAUCUUUACUUGUUUUGAAACUUGAAAAUUAUAUCUUUUUCCUUUGUGGUCUGUUAUAAGGCAAGAUUUUUUAAUUUAUUUAUUUA